UUGACUGUUGGUCUUUCAGAGAAAAAAAAUGAGAAAGAGCACAGAUAACUAAUACAAAAAUUAAAUUGUCAUUCAGUCAUGCAACUACUGUGGGAUUCUUUAGAGUGAAUUGUGAAUAGUAACAUAUUGAAAAAAAUUGUUUUUCGAGUUAUUUAGAAUUGUAUUUCUUUCGGGUUGUUAGUUUUUGUUUUUGAGUGUAUUAUUAAACUGACAAUCUAAGGUUUUUAACAAUGAACUGUAAUUUGGUGUACUGAGAAGUGAUUGGAUUAUGCAUUAUAAAAACCUAAAUACUAUUUUAUUCAUGGUUGAUUGGUGUUUUGCAAAUAAAUGAAAAGUACAUAGUGUGUUUGAAAUUAGUAGUUUGAAGAUUUUGAAUGAAAUAUGUAGAAAAAUGUAAUUUUUUGACCCAUUAUAGGUUUACUUUAGAGACUUUCUUCAACGUUGUAAUGAUUAUAAUAUAGAGAAAAUAGAACUUCUAGAACCUGAUGCCUUCACAAGUGAAAAGUUCACAUCUUCAGGAGCUCCGAUAAAUCUUUCAGAAUUAUCAGCAAUGGGGAAAAAAAGACAAGAAAAAAUUGCAAGAUACAAAAAACAAAAAGAAAUGGAAAAUAAAUUAAAUGAUCUGGAAAAAUGUAUUGAAAAUCCAUCCACAGAUGAAGAAAUUGUGAGAGAGUACUGGCUCUUAACCAUAAAAAAGUGGAUCAGCACAGCUCUUGAUGAACUUGGUUCCUUGGAGAUGGAAAAGCCAAUUCUUGAGCACUUGAGUAAAAGGAAAACAGAUGGUGACAAGGGUCAUGAAGCCAAAAAUGUUUCAGGAAAGAAAAAGAUGCUGAAACCUAUAAUAAUCACAAGGAAUGAAAUGCAGAAGAAGGUGUUUGGUGCUGGAUACCCAGGCAUUCCUGCAAUGACUGUUGAUGAAUUCUAUGAACAAAAAUAUGGAGAUAAUUCACAGAAUCAACAUAAAUUUCAAGUUUCCAGUCUUCAAGACAAGAACUCUGAAUUAGACACUUUAAAUGCAGAAAAAGAAGAAACUGAAAAGGAACAGAAGGAAGAAACAGAAGACCAUGAAACUUUGAAGAAAGCAAGAGAGUGGGAUGAAUGGAAAGAUGAUCAUAGAAGAGGCUGGGGCAACCGAAAAAAUAUGGGAUGAUGGUGGAGGUUGAGUUGGCUGUUCAGCUAAAUUUACGGGAUACAUUAUUUGUAUUAUCACCAUUAGUGGAGGAGACAAAAAUUGUGGCAAAAAAAAAAUCACAUGUGAAGUACCCAUUCAGAUGCUAGUAAUAAUAUUUAAAUAUUGUAUGUACCUACAAAAACAUUGAUUUUUAUCACAUUAAAUAAAAAUUAAAUAUAAAAACUUGUAUCUGAACUGCAUUAGUCAAAGUUUUGUUUUUAUAUGCUAACUACCAGUUAUUCUAACCCACUUUUUUCUUUUUUAAUUUAUAUGUUAAUAAUGUAAACCUAGUAUGAAUAGUUCUGGAUUUAUCAAACAUUCAUAUGCAGUAAUAUCACAAUAUACUUUUGGAAUUGUGAAAUGUUUUAAGUUCUAUUAAUAGCAGUAUGAAGUAUGUAAUACAAAUGACAUAUUUAUUGUUUUUGUUACUUAGUGUUCUCAAGACACUUUACAUAACAUAUACACUUGUAUAGAUCAGAACUUAGGAUCCAAGAUAUUCCAUUCUAUUCAUAAAACAUUAGUUAGUAUAUCUUAUUAAGCAUUAUAACAAUAUUUCUAAGAGUAUUCAAUUUAAUGUAAUGUUUAAUAUAAUGUAUAUAAACACACAUUUUUCUUAUUUAAACAUACCAGUAUUGUUAAAUUAUGUGAGAUCCUUGUACUUCGUAAGACAUUAGAGGAAAGUGUGAUUAAAUUAAAUUUUUUUUGUUUAACCCAUUCAGUGUUAUCACUAUACGAGAUACAGUAGUCCGUGAGAAUGCUAUCACUGUGUAACAUACAGGUUUAUUUUUCCUGCCACCCUUUGAAUUUGUAUUGGCGCUCUGACUAGUUACCUCGUGAGAGUGCCGAUACGGAUUCAAAGAGUGAAGGGAAAAUAAACCCGUAUGUUAGAUGGUGAUAGCAUUCUCACGGACUACUGUAUCUCGUACAGUGAUAACACUUAAAGGGUUAAUAUUGUUACUGAUAAUGAUGUAUGAAAUACAAAGUGUAGUCUUGCAUCAGAAACCAAAAUAAAGGCAGUCAUUAUUCA